AAUUCCAAUUUCCUAACCAUUUCCAUUUCUUUGCAAAGAGACAAAAAAAAAAAAAAAUGAGUUCUGUUGAAACGAUAAAACCGCAUGCAGUGUGUGUCCCAUUUCCAGCACAAGGCCAUGUUACCCCCUUGAUGCAGCUAGCCAAGCUACUACACUAUAGAGGUUUCCACAUAACCUUCGUCAACACCGAGUUCAACCACCGCCGCUUCAUCCGCUCCAGAGGUACGGACGCCGUCCACGGCCUGCCAGAUUUCUGCUUUGAAACCAUUCCCGAUGGGUUACCACCAUCUGAUCGCGACGCAACGCAGGACGUUCCACCGCUCUGCGAUUCCACCAGAAAGAAUUGUCUCGUACCGUUCUUGGAGCUGCUUGGUAAGCUGAAUUCACAAGUACCACCGGUAACCUGCGUAGUCUCUGAUGGAAUUACGGGCUUCGGUGUGAGAGCUGCUGAAGCACUGGGCAUACCGGCCGUUCAGCUUUGGACUGCCUCAGCUUGUGGCUUCAUGGGAUAUUUGCAAUAUAGUGAAUUGUCUAAAAGAGGCAUUGUUCCGUUCGAAGAUGAAAGUUAUUUGAUUGAUGGUUCACUAGAAACCCCAUUAGAUUGGGUUCCUGGAAUGAGUAACAUGAGAUUAAGGGAUAUUCCAAGCUUUAUCAGAACCACCGAUCCAAACGACAUAAUGUUUGACUUCUUAGGAUCGGAAGCCCAGAAUUGCUUGAAAUCACAGGUGAUUGCUUUCAACACAUUUGACGAGUUAGAACACGAAGUCCUGGAGGCAAUUGCACCCAAAUCCCCUCCCGUUUACACCAUUGGACCACUUUCCCUCUUAUCUAGGCACCUUCCUAAAACUAAAUUCAAGUCACUCAGUUCUAGCCUAUGGAAGGAGGAUUUUGACUGCAUCAAGUGGCUAAAUGGAAAAGCAGAGAACUCUGUCGUAUACGUGAAUUAUGGUAGCAUAACAGUGAUGAGCGAGGAGCACUUGAAGGAAUUUGCGUGGGGACUUGCAAAUAGCAAAUACGCGUUUCUUUGGAUCCUCCGGUCUGAUGUUGUGACAGGAUUGGAUUCUGCAAUUCUGCCUGAGGAAUUCUAUGAUGAGAUUAAGGAUCGAGGGAUGAUAACGAGUUGGUGCCCACAAGAUCAAGUGCUUUGUCACCCGGCAGUCGGCAUUUUCUUGACGCAUUGUGGGUGGAAUUCUACGGUGGAAUCGAUCUGUGCAGGCGUGCCAGUGAUCUGUUGGCCAUUCUUUGCUGAGCAACAAACAAAUUGUCGGUACGCUUGCACCACAUGGGAUAUCGGCGUGGAGGUUGAUCGUGAUGUGAAGCGAAGUAACAUUGAGGUUCUUUUGAAGGAGAUGAUGGAAGGAGAUGAAGGAAAGCGGAAGAGGGAAAAGGCUUUGGAAUGGAAAAAGAAGGCAAAAGCAGCUACCGAUGUAGGAGGAUCUUCUUAUCAGAAUUUUGAUCGGUUUAUUAAAGAAGUUCUCCUCCAAGAGAAGUGAGGAUGAAAAGCAUAUCUGGUUUCUUUUAUUUUCCCCCUGCAUUGCACAUUAAUUCUCAAUAAAACUGAUAUAAAAAAAUUAGUUUUAUAUUAUUAAGAUUGAGAAAAAUCAAGAUACUACGGUAAUUAAAAUAUCCGUUGGCCACUAAAUGUAUUCUGCAUUCUUUGUAUCUCGUAUUUAGUGUUGAC